GCAGAGAGCGCGGAUUACUGCAGCUCCACUGUCCGGAGAGGGAGGCUCCCUGUUCCGAUUGUUCCCAAAUACCAACUCCUUCCUCUGGAAGUAUCUUCCCCCGCCCCCCCAACACUCGACUGAAUACCACUCCACGACCAUACACUCUUUACCUAUACUCCCCUAGCCCAUGGAUCUGAAGGUGGAAGCGCAGCGAGUGAUGGCCGUGGCCCUGGGUAAGAUGUACAACUCCCGGCUCCAGAGAGGAGGUGUCCGGCUGCGCAAGAGCCUCUUACUGUCGCUGGUGCUGCGCAGCGCCCGGGACAUUUACCUGAGCGCCAGGACCGAGCAACAGCAGCAGGAGGCUGGGCACGCUCAGCAAACAGAGGCUGGGGCCAUGGAGGUGGAUGUCCGGCGUGAGGAGGGCGAGAGAGGAGCCCGACCCGGAGGCGAGGAGUCCAAAGGGGCGCCCCGGCCGGGGGAAUGUAUCCAGUCCCGGGAAUGUAUCCAGCCCCAGCCCCAGGAAUGUAUCCAGCCCCAGCCCCGGGAAUGUAUCCAGUCCCGGGAAUGUAUCCAUUGCGGCCGAGACAAUGUAUCGGAUCCUGGGCACAGUGGCUCCUCGGUUUGCCCGGCUUCAUGUCCCAGCCAGCGGCGACUGGGGACCGCAGGCAGCCCCGGACCGGAGCCGGACAGGAGCCGAAAGCGGAGGAAAGCCUGGGAACAGAGGGACUGCCCUGACUCCGGGUGCCUGCCGGUGAAGAGAGCCCGCCUGGAGGACGGGGAGUCCCGGAGGCCGGCGGAAUCCACCUCCAGCCUGGUCUGUGCCCUCGGCUCCGGCUUCAGCGGUAUCCCCGGGGAGCAGCCGGUGUCCCCGGGUCACAUCUGCCGGGACCGGGCGCUCAGUGAGCUGGGCAGCUGGCCCCGAGCCAUCGUGGCGUAUUGAAGCCGGAAGAGAGGGCGAGGACUGCGGAGAGUGAGCGGGGGGGGGGGAACUCCCCACAUCCAGGAGCACGCCCUUGGAAACGGGCGGAGAAAUCGCCUCUGGAUCCGGCAUUGAGAGAGUGUUUUCCGGCUCAGAGAGAGCGGAACCCGGGCCAAGGCUGAUCCGAGAGACAGAGGGAGGGAGGGAUCCUCUCAGACUGUUGUUUCCUGAACUUGGAGCCAAGUUCCAGGCAGUGACGAGGCGGUUUCCAUCAUCGUUACACCACAGGAUCGCCAGGUUCCUGCUUCGAUCUAUAGACUUGAACUGAAGCCAUCGGGUCAGGGACUGAGCCCAUUGCCCCCGGGAGGGUGUUAUUCAAACACUAAGGACUUUUCCUUUCGGUGAUUCAACGCUGCUGUCAAAUAUGCAAGUUAAUGUAUUUCUAAAGUUUUCAAAAUGAGACAAUAAAGCCCAACUGCAUUUCUAA